UCUAGUUGCUACCGGACGGACGACCGUGUGCUGUGCAUAGUGAGUUAGCGGUUGUGUCUUGUGUGUGACACAGGAAGCGGCGUGACCGGUGUCACAUUUAUAGCAUCUGCCUCAGUCACUGAUUAUAAACAAGAUGAACAAAUACAGAAAGCAGAUGGCAGAGCAGUUCCUGAGUCAGGCCCUGGGCAUUAUCUGCCUGCUGACCGGAGAGGAAUAUGUCAUUGUGAAGAAGGGGCCCUCCCACAGCAGCAUUCACCUGCAGAGCGGAGAGGUGCCUAUAAAGUGUGAUGAUGUUGCUGUGUAUUUCUCUAUGGAGGAGUGGGAGUAUAUAGAGGGACACAAGGAGCUUUACAAGGACGUCAUGAUGGAGACUCACCAAGCACUAAGGACUAUGGAGAUCCCAGGAAAUGAGAGCUCAGAAUUAACAGGUCACAGAGAUGAAAAUCUAGACACAGAAGCAUAUGAAGACCUUGUACAGAAUAUUCAGCCAGUGAAGACCCCAUCAGACGUCUCUGCAGAACUAACAGGUCACAGUAAUGAAAAUCUAAACACAGGAGCACAAGGAGAACUGGUACAGAAUAUUCAGCCAUCAGAUGUCUGUGCAAGUGACAUUAAUUCUGACGUAGAUGUUAAAACAGAAGAUCAGCUGGAAGCUCCAAUGCAGGACAUGUGUGACAAUGACAAUGAAGGUGACAUUAAUACUGACGUAGAUGUUAAAACAGAAGAUCAGAUGGAAGCUCCAAUGCAGGACAUGUGUGACAGUGACAAUGAAGCAGGUGAAAAUGAUGCUAAGUUUUCUUGUAACAUGGAACAAACAGAAGGUCAGUGGCUAGGAAAUAUGCCAGGAGCGGCAGAACAGGAAAUAUGUGCCAAUAUAAGCACAGGUGAAAACGAUAAGAUUUCAUGUAACACAGAACAAACAGAAGAUCAGUGGCUAAGAAAUAUGCCAGAAGCUGCGGAGCAGGAAAUAUGUGACAAUAUAAAUACAGAUGAAUUCACAAACUGCAAUAAUCCUAGUCAUGAUUGGAGUGCAGAUGCUUCUUUACAUCUUCUGCAAAAUCAAAGAAUCCAUGUGGGAAAUAUAUGUUCUGAAUGCGGGAAAUGUUUUCUUAAGAAAUCACAUCUUUGUAAACCUCUAAAUAUUCAUACAGGAGAAAAGCCAUUUUCCUGUCCUAUAUGUGGUAAAUUUUUUAACUAUAAAAAAAAUCUUGCUGCUCAUCAGAAAAUUCAUACAGCAGAAAAAGAAUUUUUAUGUUCUGACUGUGGGAAAUAUUUUACUCGGAAAUCACAUCUUAUUGAUCAUCAGAAAAUUCACACAGGAGAAAAAGAAUUUUCAUGUUCUGACUGUGAAAAAAGUUUUACUCUGAAAUCAAAUCUUAUUAGGCAUCAGAAAAUUCAUUCAGGAGAGAAAGCAUUUUCAUGUUCUGACUGUGGGAAAUGUUUUACUCAGAAAUCAAGUCUUAUUUCGCAUCAGAAAAUUCAUACUGGGGAGAAAGCAUUUUCAUGUUCUGACUGUGGAAAAUGUUUUAUUCAGAAAACAACUCUUAUUAAGCAUCAGAAAACUCAUACAGGAGAGAAAGCAUUUUCAUGUUCUGACUGUGGGAAAUGUUUUACUCAGAAAUCACAUCUUCUCAGCCAUCAGAAAAUUCAUACAGGGGAGAAAGGAUUUUCAUGUUCUAAAUGUGGGAAAGGUUUUAUUCAGAAAACAACUCUUAUUAGGCAUCAGAAAACUCAUGUUAAAAGAAAUCAGAGUUUAACCACCUAAGUACAGAGGGUGGUAUGUAGUCAUCACCCACACAAUACCAAGUGCUGAUGAUGACUGCAUGUAACUCCCUGGAGCAUGCAGUUUUGGAGCUGUUUGAGGCUCCUUCUGCACCUCAAGCAUUUAUGAGGUGACCCCAGGGUGGAUGUGAUUUAAAUCAAAUUGAUUUAAAUCAAUAGUCAGUAAGAUUACAUAAAUAAAACUAUUUCUAUUGUUAUUAUUAUUAAACUAAAACAAUAACAUUAUUUCUUUCCUAAGAUAUGGAGAGUCCACAACGUCAUCAUUUACUGUUGGAAAUAUCACUCCUGGCCAGCAGGAGGAGGCAAAGAGCACCACAGCAAGGCUGUUAAGUAUCACUUCCCUUCCCACAAACCCCAGUCAUUCUGGCCUUGGUGCAUGUAGGAAGUGAAGUUUUGGUGUCUGAGGAAAAUUGGAUUUCUUUUACUUUAAGCAAGAUUUUAAUAGUUUGAAAGCCAGAGAAUGUUUACUCUGAUCUUUCCUUUCAAGAUUGGGUCUAGCUGUACUCCACGUUAGUCUCUUUAGUAGGGCAGUGGUGGCUUUAAAGCAGUUAGGAACUUGUGAGGUGGGCCUUGCUGUGUUUUCCUAACAUAUUUGCUGCCCUAAAUGUAGAAAGCCAGAGUAGGUUUACUCUGUUCUUUCUUUUUUCCACAGGUCUCUGUGAGGAGUGGCAUCCUCUCAUACCGGGUGUACGGUCCUCCUGCCGGACAGCUGAAUGUGCAGGUAAGUGCUUUUUGUCUUCUGGGGGCUUGCACUGAAGGGGUUCAGGCCUUUCUGUACUUAUUUUGGGACACAAAAUCCUUAUAAAGGAUAUUUUCUGGCAAUGGGCAGGCACUUCUGAUUUAAUUGUGGAGACUUAAGGGUUAAUCUCCUUCAAGGUAGAAGGAGUUAAUCCUAAUUUGGGGCUCAGAAUUAUUUGUAUCCCUCUCUUGGCUAUAUACUAAUACUUCAACAGGAUCUGUUUAUUAGAAAGGAAAGGACAAAUUAUGGCAAUACAUAUUUGUCGUUAUGCCUACACUAAUUAUUGUGCCAUUAGUGACUAGUAGGAGAAUGCGCUCUUCCUUUAUGACGCCUUUUCUAUGAGUGUAAGUGUACUUUUUCUUCCGCUUUUAGGUUAAGCGGAGAGGUGCAAUUUUUUAAUUCCUCAUCCUGUAGAGAGAAUUGGAGAGAACUCAGUGCAAGUAUUGCAUAUUGUAUUCACAGCAGGAUGAAGCGCGAUGUAUGGGUGCUUCAUCUUCAUUUCGUUUACAUGUUCCCGCCUCCUCAGGAAGUGGAGUCGCGCCAUUUUAGGCUAUAGUAGAUUCAUCUUGUAGCCCCGCCUCGUUCUCCAGUUGAGAUUGGAGUGGCGCUCUUUUGGUGUCCAUCUCUAAUUUAUUUCAAUAGCUUGAGAAGUCAUAGCGACUAGGAGACGUUUUACUAUGGAUCUAUUAUUACUCUUAUUUAGAACAUACAGAGAUUUAUGUCACAAUAAACAUACAAAGCAUUAUGUGAAUGCACAUAUAGUAUGGAGAUGUAUGGGGGGAAGAAAAUAUUUUAAAUCCUCUAUUAAAGGUACACACCACUUUGUGGUAAGCAACCAGUAUGAUUAUAUCUCGUCUUUAAACAAGACUGAAUGAAUGUUGGGGCAAAUGUACUUGACGUAACAGAGGUCUGUUCGGAAGUAUAAAUUAAUAUAAAUUUUUCAAUAAUAAAGAUUUUCUUUGAAAUGUCUCAUGUUUACUCUGGAUAAAAUUUAGAUACAUUUUAGAGAAUUAUUGUAUAUUCAUUUUGUUCUGCUUGAAUAGCAUAGAUGGCUAAGUAAGCAGUUUAGUAACUGAGAGUUACUGGUUUGAUUCCCUAUACUGGUUGGGCAAAUUGUAAAGCUAUUGUGUGUGUACAGAUAGGUUGUUGCCCUCUGAGCCUCAUGUCUCUCAGGAUAAUGCUGUUAAGAUAUUGCCACAGCUUUUUCCUAUAUGUCCCAAACCUUAAUGGCAUCACAUAUAGUGCCCUGAGAUUCCUCUCAAUCUCCUAGAGGAGUGCAUUUGCCUGCAGAUUUUACAGCUCAGGUAUUCUCUGCAAUAUCUGCGGCUUUAUCUGCCUUUCCUAUCCUACAGGGAAAGCGCAAGAGGACACUUAAAGAUUCAGGUAGUAAGGUUUCUGCUUCACUUUCUGCUAUAUAGGUUGUACUUUUCUCCUAAAGUCUGGUGAGGAGGAUUUGCUGGCAUCUUCUGAGGGUGAAAUCUCAGACUUGGACAGUAUAAUUUCUUCAUCUGAUGCUGAAGUGGUCUACUUCAGAUGUAUGCUUGCACAACUCGUGUUGAUAUCCCUGUCGUUGUCAACCCUUGGAAGUUUUGUAAACUUUAUCAUUUCUAUGAUGUUCUUUCAUAUGAGGAAGUGUUUUUCUAGACGUGCCUUGGAUAUUUUCACAGGAAUAGGAGAAGCUAGGGAUACCUUUAUCCCUGUCUCCCGUCCUUUAAAGGAUUUUCCUGUCACUGACUCCAUUAUAAUGCACAGUGCCUUAAGUAGAAGGGAGCUUUUCUACUAUGGCUAUGAGAACUCCAAUCCUUAUGAAGGGUAGCUGCUCCUUUACAGAUCCAUGGAUAAGAAGCUGGAGGUUUAAUUGUUCUUUUAGAACAAUGCCUUGUCUUAUUAGACUUGCUAUGCUAGCCUGCUGGGCAUUGUACCUGAAAUCUUGGUCAGCUGAGAAGCCUACCUGUGUCUUAGUGGUACAGCCUAGGCUUUAUAGUUCUGCAGUGGCAGCUUUCCUCCAAAUCCACGCUACUGGCAAUUCCUUUCAAGUAGGGAUGCACCGAUACCGAUACUGAGCAUUUUCACAAGUACUUGUACUUGUUUACAAUGCUCCGAUGCCUCAGCCGAUACUUUUUGAACCCUGUGGGGGAAGGAGGGACGUGAGGGAGCCUUGCGUGAGGAAGCUCCUGCUGUGCUAAUGGAAUCAGAGAGAGCUACAGUAGAGAGGGGCGGGGACCGCGAUAUUGCAGCAGGGAGCUAAUCCUAACAAGGUAGACAGACACUCAGAGAUCGACGGCGUGUGGAGGAGUCAGACUGUAUCAAGGUUAGGGGAUUUUGCUUAUGUGUGCAUUAUUUUAUUAUUUAAAUAUUGCAGCCAGCAGCCAUUACUAAAAGAUAGCAGC